AUGGCAACUCCACCUUCUCGCAAGGCCAUACUAAGCCUCUACACAUCCACUCUGCGGACAGCGAAAUCGUUCAGUUCGUACAACUUCCGCAACUACUUUGUCUCGAGAACGGAGGACACAUUUCAAGGGAUGCAAGCGGAACAAGACCCUAUCAAGCUUUCACAAGCAUAUAACGAGGCUGUGAAGGAGCUUGCAGUAUUGAGACGUAGUGCAGUCGUCAAUCAGUUGUAUGGGGGUUCUCGGCUGGCAGUUGAAGAACAAAGCGACGUUGGUACUCGAGGAGAUACAUGA